CGUUUUCAAACAAGCACGCGUUUGCAUGAAGCAAAAUUUAAUCUCGUAAUUUCAUCCUGUGAAUAAAGAUAAGUGAAGAUAAGUGCGUGAUAUUGUGUGCAUAAUUCUGUUUGGUGGAAGCAGUGUAUCGAAAUUUGAUUCGGAGCUUAUCUUUUUCUUGGGAAAAACAGUUGUUCUGUAGUGGGGACAUGCUGAUAAUCGAAAGCGUUUAAAUUCGGUUGUUUUGCCUCAAAUACGGAUCUUAAAACCUUCGCCAUGUCCUCACUAUCUACGUUGGAUCGCGAUCUCUGCGGCAUCCUCGCGGAGAUGCGUUCGGAUAAAAUCACUCAACGGCAGAAGGCUUUCGAGAAACUCGAACUGAUUUUGGUGAACCGCGAGGAGGACAUUCUACGCUACAUGGCGGAGCAGAAGUUCGACACCAGCUGGCACGACAUGCUGGAGGCCGCUCACCAUGGAGCGCAGAAGCAGAACCGGAAGAUGGUUGAACCCGGGGCGACGUCUGGUGGCGAAAGCAAGAGUUACAUCUACAUCAAGGUCAUCCAGAAGGUGAUCGAUUUGGCCAUGAAUCGCACCCGACCGGAGAUUACAUUCUCCGAGCUGAUUAAGCGCUCGAUCGACGUCUUGGGCGAUUCAUCCAUGUUGCAGUAUUUUGGCGUGUGCUAUUUACAAGUUUUGCACAAGCACGUGCUGAGCUCCAAGUGGGACUUGACCGUGAUAACCUAUGACGAGUGGAUCAGCAUUUUGGACCGUUGUUUCGAUCUUUACGAUGAUGGACGAGUGGCGAAGCAGAACGUGGUCGGCUGUCUGUCGUUAGCAAUUCGGAAGAGUUUGGAAAACUGCUCAGUUCAGUGUUAUUUUGUCAAGUUUUUGGAUCGCUUGGCAAGGAUAAUCAAUGGAUCGGAGAGGGGUAAAAUGCAAAAUGAAUUACUGAGGAUCGGAUAUUCAUGUGCACUAAGCCUGGCGGUGGAUUAUCGUUACGAAGUUUGCAACUUCACCGAGCAGGUAUCGCAACGAGUGGUAAAAGCAUACGAAGCCAGAAUGGACGAAGAGCUGAAAUCGGUCCUGUUCCGAAUGAUGCACCUAACGGUGAUCGUGCACAGUCCGGAAAAGAGUUUCUCCGAAUGGAGAUCGAACCAGAACCUGUCGCAUGCAGCGAACAAAGCCGACUAUUUCAAGUCCCUGCGGAAUUUCUACUUUAUCGUUGGAAGUGAACUGAAGGCACACACUUCGGCUUCCUACAGUUCCAGUGGGAGGGAAGUGCCGUUUCUGGAAGGAUUCAUAGGGCUGGCUGCCAGAUUGUGCUACGUGAUGUUUUGGAAUGACGAAGUCUGGAAUCAGACUGAAGCCGAUGAUGAGGUUAGUGUGAAGAAAAUCAAACGCUCGAACAAACUGCAAGGCUUGAUGGAUCUGGUUGAUGAAAACUCAUCACAACCGAAUUGGCGAUGGUUGAUCAUUAUGGCCGAGAUUAUCAAACGAUGCCCAGAUGUGCUCGGUGAGGUUGACUAUCAACCAUUGUUGAACUUGCUCAGUGUAGUUCAGCCGAAACUUAGUCAACAUUCCCAAUUGGACGCGUUACGGGUGUGCUGUGGUGCUUUGCUGCGUUUCGAGAAGAGUGACGCUUUCAGCAAGUCGACAAUAAUCAACUCUGAAUUCUGUAUGGAGCUGUGGCACAAGAUAAUUGAAAGCUCGUUCAGAUGUUGCACAUCCAAUAACAAAUCGGCUGCCGAUCACCAUUUGCUACUGCAGUUGUUGAUUUCCAAUCGCAAGUAUCCUUCGAUCGCUUUUUUGAGUGGAGUUCUCCAAGCCUUCUACACGUACUCAAUCGAACGCACCAACAUCAAUGUCGGCACCAUCAGAACUAUUAUAAAUGCCGUCCCGCUGGAGGCCAUUGGCAACGUGCAAGAAGUGGUCGAAAAGCUAUUGAACUAUCUGUUUCCGAAAACUCGGGAAACGAUCGCCAAGGGUAUUCUGCACAAUAAAGAAAUGUUGGAUAUGAAACUGCUGGCGAAAAUAUCCGUACUCUGCUCCGUUACGAAGCAUCACAAAUCUAAUGACAAUGCCGAACCUGAUUGUUUUGGAGAAAGCCUUCCAAGUUCCGAGGGAAAAUACAUAGAAGACGAUGAAACCAUUCGUAAAGUCGAGGAAGAUAUCUUACUGAAAAGCGUUGAGAAACUACUAGUGUUCAGAGCUACACAGCCAAACAUUCCGGAAACGACGGAUACCGAUGUAUUCUACAACAUCCAUGAGCACAACUUUGAGAUGCUUUGUGCUUCACUUAACUUUGAGAAACACACUCUUCCCGCCGAGAAUGAUGCCCUCGGCAAAGGGUUGAACAACAUAAUUGGCGACGUGGAAUUGUACCUGGCCAUUCUGAACGACCUUCUGUUGCACAACGCCCUUGGUAAGGAUUCCUUUGAAAAGUGUAUGAUCACAAAAAAGAUCGCGUUCAAGGUACAGGAACUGGAACUGGGAUUUGAACGACUGAGAUCGCUGACGCCCGUGGAGUUGAGCGAAAUGUCUUCCAGAUUGCUAACGAUCUUCCAAGGCCCGUACGAUGAACGGAUCAACGGAAUGCUGAAAGCGAGCAACUUCACAAGUAUGUUUAAAUGGAUGUUCAGAAACAUUCGUACAGCUCCAGAAAGAAAUUCAAGGACUAUUGAGGCGCUAAAGACAGCUGAUCUGAAUCGCGAACAAUCUAAUCAACACAAUCUACUGUUGAUCUUGGCGCAUUACAUGAACUACAAUGGAGUGAAUACUGACGAAGUGAAGGCCUUUUUGGAUGAAAUCGAUUUCAAUGUGGCCAGCAGUUUGGAUCUGUUCCACAUUUUUGGAGUGUGCAAGGUGUUGCUAAAGCAACGCUCAACGUUUUUCUGUGCCGAGUGGAUCCUCGCAUACAUCAAGGACAUCUGUCGAACCCAUCAUACCAACAACGCCAUGACCGAAGCAAUCGUCGACCUGUUUUCGGAUAUAGUUGUGUUCGUUAGCCCGCACGAUUCGCUCUUCAACGACACCAACACCGUGCUGUUGUCCUUCAUCCGGAAGGCUAAUAAGCGAAACUACUCCGUCGGGCUGCAGCGGAGAAUCUACGAUCAGGUGAAAUAUCUAAUUAAAGCCUACCCGGACUACUAUGAAUCGCACGAGCCGAUCUAUGCGCGGAUGAUCAGUUUGAUCGAGGCUCCGCACUUCGCUAUCAAGAUAAGUGCGGUGGAGAACAUGCUUUACUUGUUUGAUGAUGCGUGGGCUUUCACAACCGAUACGAUUACAGCGGAUUUCUACCGGUUCCAGCUGAAGCUGUACAAAUCCUUGGCAUAUGGACUGGAUGACCUUUUGAGCAAAGACGAGAAAGAGAAUUUGAUAUCAGCCUACUUGCAACUGAUUUGUGGAACUAUUAGCAAGAGCUACUGCCUUCGGAAGCGGGCCACGUUAAACUUGGUCGAACAUGCUUGUCUUUGUAAACUGACGCAGCACAAAAUUCAUACUAUUGCCAAGCUACUCAAAACUGUGAUGAGCUUCGAUACUGCCGGCUUGAUUCAAGAAUACAUGGAAGAUAUUUUGGACAUGUGGAUCUCCAAAGGUUACAAACUUGCGUCAUUUCCUUGGUAUUUCACCAACUGUGGUUCGUUGGACGAGUUCAUAAAAAAGUAUCAGUUUGAUAUUGCCUUUGCCAUACUAUCCAAUAAACCAUCAGAUUUGGCUCAGUAUUGCGAAAUCAUCAAACGGACGCAAAGUGAUGUUAUGAAGUCCAUAUCUACGAGAUGCUUCGCUUUCCUCGUUCCAAAGCUGGCCAAUUGCGACAAGAUGUCCGAAGCGUACCAACAAAUAACAGCUCGAAUGCAGCCGAUCCUUCAAGGCCACGUGGACUUGAGGCAAUUGAAUUUUCAGAAUCAGUCCGCAUUAAAUGUAGUCCAAUGGGUUGUCGAACAGCUACAAGACGAAGCUCUGAUGGCAGAUCUUUUCGGGCGUGAGGUUCUGGUAGCCGAGGACAAGUGUGUCCUGGAUUUCGAAAACUUUGAGAGAUGCUUGGAUUAUCUUAGAUCUCUGGUUAGCGCGACCUCUAAACAACCCUUGUUCACAAUUUUGUGCACCAAGCAUCCGGCAGUUGUUGAACAACUGCUGAUGCAUUUUAAAUCUAAAAUGUUCCAAUCGGACGUUACGGAGCAGAAGAUGAUCCUGUUCUUUCAAUAUUCAAUGGUGAUCGACCAUUUGGUUGAUUAUUUCUGUCAGCAUCGCUCAACGGAUUUGAAAGAAUUCCUGGCACGAGAUAUCUGCUAUUUCCUUAGCAAUACGAUGGUGUGUUCAAAAUCGCUGCAACUACCGGUGGUAAACUGCCUUUUGAAGUUCUUGCAACAAAUAGUUCCGACAUGCGCCGAAUAUGUACGCCCGCACCUGAACAUCCUAGCAGCUUCGUUGAUCGCUGUGCAUGAUCAGCAUCCUUGCGGACGAAUUGUGGCUAAGCUACUGAAGGUUUUGGAGUUGAUCGUACUGGAACACCAGGCAUUGUUUGGAGAUGCAAUCAAAAAGUUGAACUAUUUUCCUGAACACGAAGACUUCAAGGAUCUCCGGGAAGCUUUGGAGAAGAUGAAGGAAUCUCAGUUUCAGUUAAGUCUAGCUGAGGAUAUCGAUCGCAUAGUCGAGCUUCCGCAACGCAAGUACGGCGAAUUGAUAACACUGUACAAUUUUUUGGCGACCAAAAAAUCCGAAAUGCGCGACAUCUGCGCAGAGCUUGAAUCGUCAAACGGAUUUUCGGAGAGUUGCGCUAAGAAUUCCAUACUUCGAUUGAUCAAUACCUUGUUGAGUGAGAUUCAGAACAGUUGCAACGAGAAGCACACUAUUGUCGCUUUGCGGUGUCUUGGCGAAAUAGGCCCGAUCGAUUUGUCGACCAUGCUUCUUAAAUCGGACGUCCAGACGGAAAUCUACACAAAUCUUAAAGAUGCCGAAGCUGCGGUUCAUCAGUUCGUACGGGUGGUCCUUCUUCAGCUAAACGAUUUACUCGUAACGAAGGAUACAAGAGUUGUUCAGAAAGCGACUCAAGUCUGCUAUCACUUGCUGGCAAAUCGCGACUAUCGUAAAAUGGCUGCUAGCCUUCGAACACUGUAUCCGUACACGACCCUUGCUGAGAACAACAGUCCAAUUUUCGUGCGACCUUCGGAUAACGCUACGCUUGGGUCACUAUGUGGAGUAAUCGAUUCGGCAUCUGGCUAUGCUUCGUUUGUACUGGCUUUGUCGGCUGCAUUACUGGAUUCGCUGCAAGAUACUGUGAUCAAAGCUUUAACGGAUGUUGAGACAAACUUUGCAGCUAAGAUGAUUCCUAUGUUGGUGCAAAUUAUGCUGAGCUUUAAAGAUGUUGGCCUCAACUACGAUAUUGGAAAUUUUGUGAACAAUUUCUUUCUCAAGUUUGCCGAUAAUUCGACACCAGUUGGUUCCAUGACCAAAAGCUCGGAAGCGAUCCAUCUAAUGUUGGCCAUCGUUGAGUGCAUUCGAAUGAAUAAUCAAAAUCACCCUAAGCAUAGCAUCCAACUAAACUGGUUGCAGAUAGCAGCGGCCAGUCUCCACUGUCAAGCCUAUUUCAAAGCGAUUCUUUACGGUGAGCUGUGGUGCAUGGGUCAGCGGGACGAAGGUGCGGAUAGUGACGCUAUCAAUCGAAAUCCGCAAUUGAUGAGCAUCAUGAAAGCGGCCCACUUGUCCGUGGGGAUCGAAGAUGCGGCCAAAGCGUUUCUGGAUCCGUUACACUCCCGGAGCGAGUACUAUCAACUAGAGCGGAGGUACAAUCAAAGCUUGCUGUACUAUGAUGUGGCUUGCUCGAGCAAGAGCAGCGCCUUCGAAAGGUCGUCGUAUGUGCAAGCGUUGAAGUCGUCGUGCUUCUAUGGAUUGGCGAACACCGUAGCAGGCGGUGACUCGAUGGACUAUGAAUGUGCAUGGCGAUUGGCUGAUUGGAAUGUCGCUCUCGAUGAUGGAACGAACCACAGCAAGCCGAAAGUCGAGUGGCAGCACAUGUUCGAUCAGCAGCAUUACAAAGCACUCAAAUGCUUGGAGCUGAAAGAUGAGUUGGCCACGGAAAGUGCUGUACUCGAGGCGAGGAAAGCAGUUGCGGAAAUGUUGAAAGGUGGCAGCAUGGAGUCAACACAGAAUAUUUAUCCGUAUCUGAGCAAACUGCGACAGUUACAACAAAUCGAAGACUUUAUGAAUGUUCAAUUUUAUCGCGUCAUAGAUGGGGAGGCCGAACUCCUUAAUAAAUGGGAUCAGCAAGACCGAUUGCCCUAUGGUGAUUUUUCGUUCAUGGAAGCAAUCCUAGCGCAGCGGAUUGUUGUCCUGAAAACGGCACGUGUUCGCGCCAUGCGUAAAUGGGUUCCAGAUGCACUUAAUCAGGCUUUGUUCAGCUUGAUCCACGAGGCGCGCAUCAGUGGACAUUUCCAAGUGGCCGCUGCAAAUAUUUGUGCCAUGUCGCAGCAGGUCUUGCCCGAGACUGUGAAGGCUUUGCUGAUGCUGGAAGAUGCCCAACUGAACUGGGCCAAUGGUGAUAAGUUCCUAUCGAAGAGGUUGGUCAACGAGAUUGUUGCCGGUGGCAAAUGCAAAGAUCUUAUGGUGAAUGCCGCAGCCUAUCGGAUUUAUGGGACCUUUUUGGCGGAAACCUACGCCGAGGAUGUCCACAACUUGUACAAGAAGUUUUUCAAACAUUCCCAAACUCUGGUGGAGGAAGGAUUGCGGCAUGCUAGUCAGCAUGAUAAAGGCACUGCUAUCGAUUACCAGCGCAAGUGCCUCGACAGUGACAGAAAUUUUGUUAUUUUGCACACGGUAGCAAAGUACGCCGAUCGAGAGUUUGUAAGGCUGAAGAAACAUUUCACAUCGGCCGAGUUCAAGUCGAAGAAAAUGAACUUGGAACACAUGAAAGCGGAGCUGCUCAUGAUGGAAGCCGAACAGGCGAAGCUCAAGGAAUCCGAAAAAGAAAAAUUGUCAAACAUUCGCCGGGCAAAAAUUUCGACGAAGCAGAAUGCUGCACGCGACGAAGAGUCCAUCAACACCAUGAUGUCCAACAUGGAAGACUACCUGAAGCUGGCACUGUUCUACUACUCCGCGUACACCCGCAAGACGAGUAUCGAAAGCGACCUAGCCGUGUUUCGAAUUGUCGCUCUCUGGUUGGGCAAUCACAGCGAAAAGAUCGCCGAUACGGUGAAAGAGUCCUUGAAGGUGAUUCCAACUUACAAAUUUGUCCCGGUUUUACCGCAACUUGCCCCACGAUUGGACAACCAUAAGGAUGGCGUUGGACGAAUGGUUUGGGAAACGCUGGAACGGUGUGCCAUUGAUCAUCCUCAUCACACGUUGCCGCACAUUCUGGCUCAGGUGCAUGCUUUUGCGGAUGUCGAGCGUAAAGAUGUUCCGAAAGAUGACGCACGACUUCUCGGGGCUCAAUCGUUAUACCACAAACUGUUGAAGAAUAAGCAAAUCUCCGGAAUUGUCGAUCAAACGACCGACAUGAGUUUGGCAUUGAUCGAAAUGGCUAAUAAAACGCUGGGCAGUGCAAAGGGUUUCAGCGAGUACAGGAUGACAGCGAAGGACGCUCUCAGAAGGUGCCAAGAGCUUGACAAGGUGCACUGUCCAACGGUGGAACUCAAAGUUCGCGAGAGUGGUGAUUACAGCGACAUUAUUGGUGUCCACAGAUGGGACGAUCAGAUCCACGGUGUCGGUGGAAUCAACGCUCCAAAGAAACUUGUUUGCCAUUGUUCCGAUGGGCAGAACCGGAUCCAGCUGCUGAAGGGUCGAGACGACAUGCGGCAGGACGCAGUCAUGCAGCAAGUGUUCGGCAUCCUAAAUGUCCUACUGCGGAACGAUAAAGAGGCUGGCAAGCAGAAAUUGGCUGUCCGUACGUACAAAGUGGUUCCUCUGUCCAGACAAAGUGGAAUCCUGGAAUGGUGCUCAGAUACUAUUCCCAUUGGCUCGUGGCUCAUUCCUGCCCAUUCCCGAUAUCGCCCAAAAGAUAUGAGCGCAGUGGAUGCCAGGAAGGCAUUUGCCGAACUGGCCAAGUCCUCGCUCCGGACGAAGCAGGAAAAGUUCCUGAAAAUUUGCCAACAGCUCAGUCCAGUUUUCCAGCAUUUCUUCCUCGAGAGAUUCCUAACCUCCGGAAUGUGGUUCGAGCGUAGACUUGCCUACAUCAAAAGUGUCGCCGUUUCGUCGAUUAUUGGCUACAUUUUGGGCAUCGGUGAUAGGCACGUGCAGAACGUCUUGGUGGACGAGAAAACCGCCGAAGUGAUCCACAUCGACUUUGGAAUUGCGUUUGAGCUGGGAAAGAAUUUACCCACUCCAGAGACGAUUCCGUUCCGGCUGACCAGGGACAUCGUGGCCGGCAUGGGCGUCAGUGGCAUCGAGGGCGUCUUCAAAAAAUCGUGCGAGAAAACGUUGGAAAUUCUGCGUAACAAUCAUGCACCAAUCAUGACAAUCCUGGAAGUGCUUCUCUACGAUCCACUGUACACGUGGAAUGUGCUGGCCAACAAGAAAGCGGCCCGAAAGCAGAUUUCCGAGCUGUACGGCGCAGAAGGUGGUCAAGAAGCACGCAGUGAAGCGGUGAACAUCAGUGCCGAGCGAGCUUUGCUCCGAGUAAGUGACAAACUGAACGGUAAGGAAGAUGAGAAGUUUACUUCGGUGGAAGGGCAAGUAGAACGGUUGAUCUUUACCGCUUCGAGCAAUCUCAACCUGUGCCAACUUUUCCACGGCUGGCAACCGUACCUGUGAGAUGUAUGAAGAGUUGGGAAAUAUUUUAUGUUUAGUUCUAAGUUCAUUUUCACUAAACUUUGAUGUUUUCUGUUUGAAAUUA